AUGGACGCGAUAAGGAGAUCAGCACGAACAUCAAGGCUGGAUAGAGUACGAAAUGAAAUAAUCAGGGAUAAAAUGGGUAGACAAAAAACUAUAGUAGAGGAAAUAGAGAGUGCCCAACUGAAGCGGUAUGGACAUGUGAGAAGGAUGGACAACACGCGACUGCCUCAGAAGGUACUAAACUGGCUGCCACAAAAGAGAAGGAAACGGGGAAGACCAAGGACAAACUGGAUGGAGGGUGUCAAGAAGGUGAUGAGCUCAAGGGAUCUGCGUGACGGAGACUGGAAUGAACGCAAUCAAAGGCGACUAGCACCGCAUAACGUUGAAGGACGUUUUAAAAGCGAUUCUUAUAUAUCUUUAGUUUUACAACACGUUUGUAAAAUCGUUGUAUGGCUAAUUUGUGACAUAUAUGUAAAUAUGUUAUAA